AUGGCGGCGGCGGCGGCUGCACGAGCAGUUUCUGUGAGCGCCGGGCUGCGGGGUCUGCCACGGACACUGCCUCUUGUAGUGAUUCUCGGGGCCACGGGCACCGGCAAAUCCACCCUGGCGUUGCAGCUAGGCCAGCGGCUCGGUGGCGAAAUCGUUAGCGCUGACUCCAUGCAGGUUUAUGAAGGCCUAGACAUCAUCACCAACAAGGUUUCUGCCCAAGAGCAGAGAAUGUGCCAGCACCACAUGAUCAGCUUUGUGGAUCCUCUCGUGACAAAUUACACAGUUGUGGAUUUCAGGAACAAGGCAACUGCUCUGAUUGAAGAUAUAUUUGCCCGAGACAAAAUUCCUAUUGUCGUGGGAGGAACCAAUUAUUACAUUGAAUCUCUGCUCUGGAAAGUUCUUGUCAAUACUAAGCCCCAUGAGAUGGGCACCGAGAAAUUGACCGACCGAAAAGAGCUUGAGAAGGAGAAUGGCCACGUCCUCCACAAACGCCUAAGCCAAGUGGACCCAGAAAUGGCUGCCAAGCUGCACCCCCAUGACAAGCGCAAAGUGGCCAGGAGCUUGCAAGUGUUUGAAGAAACGGGGAUCUCUCAUAGUGAAUUUCUUCAUCGUCAACAUGCAGAGGAAGGUGGUGGUCCCCUUGGAGGCCCUCUGAAGUUUCCUAACCUUUGCAUCCUCUGGCUUCAUGCUGACCAGACAGUUCUAGAUGAGCGCUUGGAUAAGAGGGUGGAUGACAUGCUUGCUGCCGGGCUCUUGGAUGAACUAAGAGAUUUUCACAGACGCUAUAAUCAGAAGAAAGUUGCAGAAAAUAGCCAGGACUAUCAACACGGUAUCUUCCAAUCCAUUGGCUUCAAGGAAUUUCACGAGUACCUGGUCACUGAGGGAAAAUGCACACCAGAGACUAGUAACCAGCUCCUAAAGAAAGGUAUUGAGUCUCUGAAACAAGUGACUAAGAGAUAUGCCCGGAAGCAAAACCGAUGGGUUAAAAACCGAUUUUUGAGCAGACCUGGUCCCAGUGUCCCCCCAGUAUAUGGCUUAGAAGUAUCUGAUGUCUCGAAGUGGGAAGAGUCUGUUCUUGAACCUGCUCUUGAAAUCGUGCAAAGUUUCAUCCAGGGCCACAAGCCUGCAGCUGCUCCAGUAAAGAUGCCAUGCAAUGAAAUGGAGAACAAGAGAAGUUACCACAUGUGUGACCUCUGUGAUCGAAUCAUCAUUGGGGACCGUGAAUGGGCAGCACAUAUAAAAUCCAAAUCCCAUUUGCACCAACUGAGGAAGAGAAGAAGAUUGGACUUGGAUGCUCUUGCUACCAUUGAGAGUCAGAGUAUUUCUCCAGACAGUGACAAAGAGCCCGAAGAGAAAGGGUCCCCAGGGCAGAAUGAGAAAGAGCUGAAAUCUGGUGUUUAAAGAGAAAUGUCCAGUAGUAGCCUUUGCACAGGUAGGGACCCAGUUCAGGAGGGAGGGUUAUGUCUGUGUCCCUGUCUGGACUGAGCAGUGCUACGCAGAAAGCCCCCACGAUUUUCUUUUUACAGUGGUGUAGUUUCAGUGUUCUUUGUCAUGGAAACAGCAGGACUUGUUAGCUCCCUGUUUGGCUGAUGUGCCUGGUAAUGAUGAUUUUUGGAAGGAAUUUUUUUUCUUUCAACCCAAAAGGUUCUAUUUUUGAAAGAGGCACAGAUUGCACUUUUUAAUACUUGAGGAUCUUUUUGGUAAUGAAUACCUGAAUUUCCUAUAUCCCUUAAAAAAGAAGUUUUAUGUCCCUGACUGUGGCUAAAAAUAUCUCAUUUCCACUUCUAUAAAAGAUGACUGAAGUAUUGUGAGCCACAAAUCAGGAGUUUUGGAUUUGGGUGAAUGGCAGGAAAGGCCCAGCCCCAGUGAGAUGAUUAAGUGAACUCAGCCAGUUGUUGGAUUACACUGAGAAGGAGAGAAGGAGGUGGUCAUGAUGUGGCUUGAAAACUAAAGACUUUGACAUUUGUUGAGCUCCUCCUGUGUGAUAAUUACUAUCACUGCUAUCUUUUUAUUGAGUUAAGAGUCUAUAUUUUUAUUAGAAGUUAAAUAAAGAAAAAGUUUCUAGGA